AUGUGGCCUCAAGGGGCCAUCUUCGUGGCCUUUCCCCACCUGGGCCCCAUCCUGGUCUGGCUGCUCGCAGGCCAUCAGAUGGCUGGUUGGUGUGAUGAACCGAGGAAGCUGCCCUGGUGCCCACUCCACAAAGUCUUCUUGCUAGUGUGGACCACCAUCUACUCUGUCAUGGGCUAUGCCUCCUACCUGGUGUGGAAGGACCUGGGAGGGGGCUUUGGGCGGCCCCUGGCCCUGCCUCUCGGCCUCUAUGCAUUGCAGCUCACCAUCAGCUGGACUGUGCUGGUUCUCUUUUUCGCAGCCCACACCCCUGGUCUGGCCCUGCUACUCCUGCUGCUGCUCUACGGGCUGGUGGUGAGUUUGGCGCUGAUCUGGCACCCCGUCAACAAGCUGGCUGCCCUGCUCCUGCUGCCCUACCUGGCCUGGCUCACCGUGACCGCUUCAAUCGCCUAUCACCUGUGGAGGGACAGCGUUUGUCCAGAGCACCAAGCUCAGCCCAUGGGGGAGAAGAGCAACUGA